GAAUAUUUUCUAAUUUUUCGACACAACAUUACACGAAGUUCGCAUUAUUUACACGAAGCAUCUCAUCAACAUUAAACAAAGUUUUUAUCGUCUACGAUGAGGAACGACUGUUUAAAAGAGUAUUUAAUUUGCUCUCGCAAUCGAAUGGAAUUCCAUUCGAUUCAAAUCUAUUCAAAUUCAAACCUAUAUUGUAUAAAUACUAUAUUAUGAGAAUGUUUAAGCAUUUUAUGUGGCAAAAUCAUUCAGUCAUGGAAAAGCGCAAAAAAAAAACAGACAACCUUAUGUAAAUAAAAUUUCAGUAAAAAUAUUAAACAUCCAGUAUCCUUGGUUAGUAUUUCAGCUCGUUUGUUUGAUGAAGAAACUAAGCUUGGCAUAUUUGGAUGCAAUGAAUGAAAAAUUACCCUUAAAAGAAGAAACUUUCUAGUACUAACCCGUGUAUAUGGUUUCUAAUUAAAAAACAACAACAACAACAACGUGUAUUGACUAAAUAUUGUUGGUCUCUUAACAUAAGCAUGACCAAAUGAUACAAAUUAUUAUAAAGUUUUGGUUGAAAGACAGCAUUCAUUUUUUUUGGAAGAUAAUAACAAAGUAUUAAGCAACACAUGAGAAAAUAAAAUGACGAUAUUGUAGGGAAAGUUGGGAUAGAGUGGGUUGAAGGGCACAGUGAAUAAGAGGAAUAUUUGCAAAAUUCCCCGCAACAUAAAAAAUGGUUAAAAAAAAGAAAAUACACAUCCAUAGCAUUCGCAAUUCAAAGUUUGAUUUUAGGCAUAGAAUACAGUGUAACACUUUCAACUCUUUGGUUAUAUAUAAAAGAACUAGUGAACACCAAAUCACCAAAAUUAUUUUACACAUUAGUAUCUGUUAUGUACAUACUUUCAUUCACCUUAAGUACUCCGAUUAUUGGGAGAAUAGUUGAUCGCACUCGCCAGGUUCGAGUUUGGUUUUUUAUCUGCAACUGCUUUUUAAUUGCUGGAAAUUUAUUAUACAGCCUUCAGUUUUCUCCUUGGUUUUUAGUGGUUGGUAGAUUUUUAUCUGGCUGCUGCGGUUUAGUUUCUGUUAUGUGCGCCGAGAUCAUUAGAAGUUAUCCGUCUAGUGAAACAAGUUUUCAGUUAUCAAUUCAAUCAUUAGCUUUUAACUCUGGAUUCAUAGUAGGACCUUGUAUUAAUUUUUUAUUUUUAAAAAUUGACUUUUAUAUUGGAUGUUGGCAUUUAAAAAACGUCAAUUUUAUUGGAAUAUUUAUGACCAUAGUUUGUUUAAUCAUGUGUUUACUAUCGUUUUUAAUGGUUCACAAUUUAUCGAAAGAAUUUGAUUUAAAAGGAAUAGAAGAAAAAAAAGAUGAAAGCGUCGGAAGUAUUAAUAUCGAAUUAAUAAGAGAGUCUCCAGUAUCCUUAACUAAUACAGAAGUGAUUUCCGAUAUAAACAAUGAAUCUAAUGAAAAUUUACCACUACUCAAUUCUACAAAACUUCAAAUUAGAAAUGAAGCCCCAAGUUCAUUAACUCAUUUGAGCAUUUUUAAGAUUUUGAAAUUGCUGUUUACAUCGUUUGAUACUUGUUUGUUGUUGGUUUGCACGUUUUUUAUUUUACUUUUUCUCGUUACUUUUGACAUGUGGUUUCCGUUGUUUGUUAUAGACACUUUGAAGUUGUCUCUUUUAGAACUUAACAUUUGUAUUUUUGGUACAGGAAUAAGUUCUGUUUUAAUUCUAUUAAUUUUUAUCUGCAAACCUAUAUCAGAAGAAAAAAUGUUUAUUGUGGUUAUGAUUGGACUAUUUGGUAUUUGCAUAAUUAACGUGAGUUACAUUGUUUUGAAAUACUUUAAUACCAAAACACUUCAACUAAUUUUUGGCAUUGCAUACAUGAUUAAUUUUGCUGGAGCAGGUAUAAUACCAGAGGUUUUUAUUGCAAACACAUUAGCUAAAUAUGUUAGUUCAAAUAAUCAAGCUUUUGCAGAUGGCAUACGCAACUCAAUGUUUGCGGCAGGAACACUAACAGCGUUUUCAAGUGCUGCGUUUACAUUUGAAUACUUAAGUCUAUUUUCAUCUACAUUUAUUGUAUUAACAUUAUUAUUAAUGGUUUUGUUGAUGGCGAGAAGAAAGCAUUUACUUAAUCCAAAACCAAUAUUUUAGCAUUUGUUACUUUUUUAGGAUUUUUUCAUUUUUAAAAAUAUAUAGAAACGAUAA